CAGCCGUAAAAUACAUUGGAACUCAAAAAGCUCCACCAUGGGCCGAAAACCUAGCAAUGUGUACGACUACUUUACCCGGCUGGAGCCCGAGGCUGGCCGCAAGGGGCUCGUGCGCUACCAGUGCAAGAAGUGUGACAAGCAGUACGCAAGCAAUGCCACGCGUCUGGCGGAGCACCUCAAGAUGUCGUGUGUACCGGGUUUCCAGACCAACCAGCGCUCCCGCAAGGCAAUGAUUGCCGUGUCCUCCGCCUCUGUUACCAAUUCGCACCAUGAGGCAGAAGCUGAAGACGAAAGCGAAGAGGCAGAGGACUCAACCGACAUGGCGGCCACGGUGGCGUCACUCGCAGUGCCAACACCCAGUCCUGACACGUACUCACCCGCUGGGGUGGACACGGCCCAGUCACUGACCCUCAAGCGGGCUGACCAGCAACUGCUCACCAACAUGUUGGAGUCAGAGGCUGAGCCUCCUCAGGACCAAACCGAGGUGCUGCUCCGAUUGGCCAAGCUCUCUACCUGCGUCAUUGGCGACGCUAUGGCGGUGAUGAAAAUUAAAGGGCAUUUGGUGGAUCUGAACCUGGUUCGAGGGUAUGACGCUCCGUUGGCGAUGAAUAUCUGUGGACCGGCAUUGACUGUCAAGAUGAUGCCUAUCACUGGAGCCACGGUCGGUACCGGAUCCUAUGACUACAUGGAUACAGCGGAAAUGGGUCAGGUGGUGGUGAUCAGUGCUCCGACGGGCAUUUCGACGGCCGUGUUUGGUGGCAUAUUGGCUACAGCGUCCAAGGCACGGAAUGUGGCUGGUGUCGUGACAGACGGGCGUGUGCGGGAUGUACAGGAAUUGUGCGCAAUGAACUUCCCGGCGUUCGCUACGGGCACGUCGGUGCACGGCGUGUGGGGGUCUACUGCGAUUGGAGAAGUGAACUGCCCCAUCGUCGUUGCGGGCUGCGUGGUGCGUCACAACGACAUCAUCCGCGGCGACAUUAACGGUGUGAUUGUAAUCCCUGCUGAACGCGCUCAGGAUAUUGCCACCCGAGCGGAGAUCAUUGAGGACCAGGACAACAAGAUCGCCGAAGCUCUGAACGAAGGUGAGCCUCUGCAGCGCUCCUUACACCGCUUCCGCUCGUCCCGGGAUGUCUGAUCACCAUCCGAUCGCCCACUCACUUCCACUGCCCGUCGUACAGGCAAUCCACUGCCGACGGAGUUUUUCAUUAGCUCGCCAGCUUCCUCGGAGGUAUUUAACUAGUAACUGCAACGCCUACCUCAACAAAGCCAUUUUUCUUUGCAACAUGGCUACAUGUAUCCAUCACCUUCAGUCCGCACUUAGUAUGAGAAGCUCUGUUCGGUCUUUUAUUUC